GUUCAAUGCACCGUCUUGCUCCCAAGGCCAUGUAAAGCCUGCUGACCACGAAUCUCCCUCAGAGCGAAAACCAAGCUGCAGGUUAAAAUGGGGAACUCCGAGAGUCAGUACACCCUUCAGGGAUCCAAAAGUCAUAGCAAUACUAUAACUGGUGCAAAGCAAAAGCCUUGUUCCUUGAAAAUACGCGGCAUUCAUGCCAAAGAUGAAAAGUCAUUGCAUGGAUGGGGCCACGGAAGCAGUGGAGCAGGUUACAAGUCCAGGUCCCUGGCCCGAAGCUGUCUUUCCCACUUUAAAAGUAACCAGCCGUAUGCAUCGAGACCCGGGGGACCCACGUGCAAAGUCUCCAAAGGUGUGGCCUACCCCAAGCACAGAACAAAUGCCCCAGGAAGGGAUUUCCAGGGCAACAGUGCUGCUUUCUCACCUGAGAACGGCUUCCACUAUGUUGGCCAUGAGCCCGCCGACAGCCACCUCACCUCGAGGGACUGCAACGGCCACCUUCUCAACUGUUACGGGAGGCAGGAGAGUGUGGCCUCUACCCCACCAGGUGAGGACCGCAGGAGCCCCAGGGUGCUUAUCAAGACGCUGGGCAAGUUGGAUGGCUGCUUGAGGGUCGAGUUCCACAAUGGUGGCAGCAAAGUGUCUGCAGAGGACCCUGGUGGCCCCGUGCAGCUGCUGCGGUACUCACCCACACUGGGCUCGGAAACCUCCCCCGUGCCUGAGGCCAGGAGGGACUCUGGUGCCAACUCUCCAUCCGGCCAUCGCCCUUCUUCCACGGACUCCCGCCUGCGCUCCAGCAAAGGCAGCUCCCUGAGCUCCGAGUCUUCCUGGUACGACUCCCCAUGGGGCAACACCGGGGAGCUGAGCGAGGCGGAGGGCUCCUUCCUGGCACCCGGCAUGCCUGACCCCAGCCUCCAUGCGAGCUUCCCACCUGGUGACACCAAAAAGCCUUUCAACCAAAGCUGUUCCCUCUCCUCCCUUCGGGAACUGUACAAAGAUGCCAACCUGGGGAGCCUCUCCCCCUCAGGUGUCCGCCUUUCUGAUGAAUACAUGGGCACACAUGCCAGCCUGAGCCACCGCGUGUCCUUUGCCUCCGACAUUGAUGUGCCCUCCAGGGUGGCGCACAGGGAUCCCGUCCAGUACAGUUCCUUCACCCUCCCCUGUCGGAAGCCCAAAGCCUUAACUGAGGAUACCACAAAGAAGGACACCCUUAAAGCCAGGAUGCGGCGGAUCAGUGACUGGACAGGAAGCCUCUCGAGGAAGAAAAGGAAACUCCAGGAGCCCAGGUCCAAGGAGGGCAGUGACUACUUUGACAGUCGCUCCGAUGGACUGAAUGCAGACAUCCAGGGGCCCUCCCCGGCAUCUGCUCUGCUGUGGUCAGGGGGCUCGGCUCAGAUCCUGUCUCAGAGGAGUGAAUCCACUCAGGCAAUUGGCAGCGACCCCCUCCGCCAGAACAUCUAUGAGAACUUCAUGCGGGAGCUGGAGAUGAGUCGAACCAGCACGGAGCACGUGGAGACGUCCACAGAGACAGCCGAGUCCAGCAGCGAGUCUCUCAGCUCGCUGGAACAGUUGGACCUACUCUUUGAGAAGGAGCAGGGAGUGGUCCGGAAAGCUGGGUGGCUCUUCUUCAAACCCCUUGUCACUUUGCAGAAGGAAAGGAAACUCGAACUAGUGGCACGAAGGAAGUGGAAACAGUACUGGGUGACACUUAAAGGGUGUACCCUGCUGUUCUACGAGACUUACGGGAGGAAUCCCGCCGACCAGAGCAGCACCCCUCGCUGUGCUCUGUUUGCAGAAGACAGCAUCGUACAGUCUGUUCCUGAGCACCCCAAGAAGGAAAACGUGUUCUGCCUCAGCAACUCCUUUGGGGAUGUCUACCUCUUCCAGGCCACUAGCCAGACAGAUCUGGAAAACUGGGUCACAGCCAUACAUUCUGCUUGUGCAUCCCUUUUUGCAAAGAAGCAUGGGAAAGAGGACACGGUACGGCUCCUGAAGACUCAGACCAGAAACCUGCUGCAGAAGAUCGACAUGGACAGCAAGAUGAGAAAGAUGGCAGAGCUACAGCUGUCCGUGGUGAGCGACCCCAAGAACAGGAAAGCCAUAGAGAACCAGAUCCAGCAGUGGGAGCAGAAUCUGGAGAAGUUCCACAUGGACCUGUUCAGGAUGCGCUGCUACCUGGCCAGCCUGCAGGGUGGGGAGCUCCCAAACCCCAAGAGCCUGCUGGCUGCCGCCAGCCGCCCAUCCAAGCUGGCCCUCGGCAGGCUGGGCGUCCUGUCUGUUUCUUCUUUUCAUGCGCUGGUGUGUUCUCGAGAUGACUCAGCUCUCCGGAAAAGAACACUGUCACUGACCCAGCGAGGAAGAAACAAGAAGGGCAUAUUUUCUUCAUUAAAAGGGCUGGACACCCUGGCCAGAAAGGGGAAGGAGAAAAGACCUUCCAUAACUCAGGUUGACGAGCUUCUGCAUAUGUGCAGCUCGACAGGAGAUGGUGUUCCCCAAGACAGCAUGUGGGCGAUUCCGACUUACGUUCACUUUCAGGAUAAUCACGGCGUGACUGUUGUGAUCAAGCCAGAACACAGAGUAGAAGAUGUUUUGACGUUGGCGUGCAAGAUGAGGCAGCUGGACCCCAGCCACUAUGGCCUGCAGCUCCGAAGAUUAGUGGAUGACAGUGUCGAGUGCUGUAUUCCUGCACCCUAUGAUUACAUGCAGGAGCAGGUUUAUGAUGAAAUAGAAGUCUUCCCCCUAAAUGUUUAUGACGUGCAGCUCACGAAGACCGGGAGUGUGUCUGACUUUGGGUUUGCAGUGACAGCGCAGGUGGACGAGCGCCAGCAUCUCAGCCGGAUAUUUAUAAGUGAUGUCCUCCCUGAUGGCCUGGCGUAUGGGGAAGGACUGAGAAAGGGCAAUGAAAUCAUGACCUUAAAUGGGGAAGCUGUGUCUGAUCUUGACCUCAAGCAGAUGGAGGCCCUGUUUUCUGAGAAGAGCGUUGGACUCACUCUGAUCGCCCGGCCUCUGAACACAAAAGCAACCCUGUGUACGUCCUGGUCGGACAGUGACCUGUUUUCUAGGGACCAGAAGAGUCCACUGCCACCUCCCAACCAGUCCCAGCUUCUGGAGGAAUUCCUGGAUAACUUCAAGAAGAAUACAGCAAAUGAUUUCAGCAACGUUCCUGACAUCACAACAGGUCUGAAAAGGAGUCAGACAGAUGGCACUCUGGAUCAGGUCUCCCACCGAGAGAAGAUGGAGCAGACGUUCAGGAGUGCUGAGCAGAUCGCUGCUCUGUGCAGGAGUUUCAACGACACCCAGACCAGCGGCAUGGACGGACCACGGGAGGGCCAGGACCCACCUCCGAGGCCUCUGGCCCGCCACCUCUCUGAUGCAGACCGCCUCCGAAAAGUCAUCCAGGAGCUCGUGGACACCGAGAAGUCCUAUGUGAAGGACCUGAGCUGCCUCUUUGAGUUAUACUUGGAGCCACUUCAGAAUGAGACUUUUCUUACCCAAGAUGAGAUGGAGUCACUUUUUGGAAGUUUGCCGGAGAUGCUUGAGUUUCAAAAGGUGUUUCUGGAGACUCUGGAGGAUGGGAUUUCAGCAUCAUCUGACUUUAACAUUCUGGAAACCCCCUCGCAGUUUAGAAAAUUAUUGUUUUCCCUCGGGGGCUCUUUCCUGUAUUACGCGGACCACUUUAAACUGUACAGCGGAUUCUGUGCUAACCAUAUCAAAGUACAGAAGGUUCUGGAGCGAGCUAAAACCGACAAAGCCUUCAAGGCCUUUCUGGACGCCCGGAACCCCACCAAGCAGCACUCCUCCACGCUGGAGUCCUACCUCAUCAAGCCGGUCCAGAGGGUGCUCAAGUACCCCCUGCUGCUCAAGGAGCUCGUGUCCCUGACGGACCAUGAGAGUGAGGAGCACUACCACCUGACAGAAGCACUGAAGGCAAUGGAGAAAGUAGCGAGCCACAUCAACGAGAUGCAGAAGAUCUAUGAGGACUAUGGGACCGUGUUUGACCAGCUGGUGGCAGAGCAGAGUGGUACAGAGAAGGAGGUAACAGAACUUUCGAUGGGGGAGCUUCUGAUGCACUCUACGGUCUCCUGGUUGAAUCCAUUUCUGUCUCUAGGAAAAGCCAGAAAGGACCUGGAGCUCACAGUGUUUGUUUUUAAGAGAGCUGUCAUACUGGUUUACAAAGAAAACUGCAAACUGAAAAAGAAAAUGCCUUCCAACUCCCGGCCUGCACACAGCGCUGCCGACCUGGACCCAUUUAAAUUCCGCUGGCUGAUCCCCAUCUCCGCACUCCAAGUCAGACUGGGGAACCCGGCAGGGACAGAAAAUAAUUCCAUAUGGGAGUUGAUACAUACGAAGUCAGAAAUAGAAGGACGUCCAGAAACCAUCUUUCAAUUGUGCUGCAGUGACAGUGACAGCAAGACCAACAUUGUCAAGGUGAUUCGUUCUAUUCUGAGGGAGAACUUUAGGCGUCACAUAAAGUGUGAAUUACCACUGGAGAAAACAUGUAAGGAUCGCCUGGUGCCUCUCAAGAACCGCGUUCCUGUUUCAGCCAAAUUAGCGUCAUCCAGGUCCUUAAAGGUCCUCAAGAAUUCCUCCAGCAGUGAGUGGACCAGUGAGCCCGGCAAGGGCAACUCACUGGACUCGGACGAGGGCAGCCUGAGCAGCGGCACCCAGAGCAGCGGCUGCCCCAUGGCUGAGAGCAGGCGGGACUCCAAGAGCACGCCACCUGGGAAGUACCCACACUCCGGCCUGGCAGAUUUUGCAGACAGUCUCAUCAAAGAGAGUGACAUUCUGAGCGAUGAAGAUGAUGACUACCAGCAGACUCUGAAACGGGGCAGCCCUACCAAAGACAUCGAAAUUCAGUUCCAGAGACUGAGGAUUUCCGAGGACCCCGAUGUCCAGCCCCCGGCUGAGCAACAGCCUGGCCCUGCGGCAGGUGAGGGCCGGAAAGGCAGAGAGCAGCCCAAGCUGGUCCGGGGCCAUUUCUGCCCCAUUAAACGAAAAGCAAACAGCACCAAGCGGGACCGAGGAACUCUGCUCAAGGCACAGAUUCGUCACCAGUCCCUCGACAGUCAAUCUGAAAAUGCCAACAUCGAUCUAAAUUCUGUUCUAGAGCGAGAAUUCAGUGUCCAGAGUUUAACAUCUGUCGUCAACGAGGAGUGUUUUUACGAAACAGAGAGCCAUGGAAAGUCCUAGUAGAGUUCACUCCAGACAUGGGUUAAAUUGCUCAUUUAACUUUUAAACUGGUGGCAAAGUGGAAAUUGCAGAACAACUAUUCCUUAUUGGGUUUUGUGCAGUAUAUGUUUUCCCACAAAAUAAUUGUAAAGAUUUAAGUUAUUUUAAUUUAUUGUGGAUCAGAAAAUUAGAUGAAGCUGGUCAGAAUCUGUAAAUUACGUAGUUUGUAUCCCUUUUGAGCAGGUAUCAAAAUGAUUUAGAAUCCUUAAAAUAAAAUUGCAUUCUAAUUAUUUUAAAUUAUGUGGAAAAAAAGUAAAGUUGGGGAACUUGUGAUUAAUAGCUUUUAAAAGGGUCAUUCAUUUUUAAUUCAAUCCUCUGGGCAUUUUCUUUGAACUGUUAGUUUUUGCUUUAUUUAAAGCAUUUUUAAGUUAUUUUAAUGUGGUUUAGGGACAAAAUGUGCAGAUAUUUCAUUUUGUAAGGUUGUCAUAGAUGCUGUUUAUAUAAAACAUGUCAUAUCUAUGCAGUAUAUAUAUUAAAAGAAAGCUUGUACUGUAUCCUAUUUGAUAUUUAUUUUCUCUACCAAGUUGUACAGUAAAAGGAAAGUAAGUC